AACUGGCGACGGUGGUUGUUUGCAGUAUCUAUCGAUAACGGUCGAUAUAAAAUACCGGGACAUCACUUUAUUGGCAUAGUUUGUUUUUACAACUAGAACCAACGCCAACAUGAAAUUCCUGCUAGUAACUGCUGCCCUCAUCGCCGUGGCCGUGGCCAGCCCCAUGCCCGGUCUGGUGAUGCCUGGCCUCGCCGGAGCCGCCCCCGUCGUGGUUCCCGAGUCUGCAGGCCCCGUCCCCGCACCCGCUGUCCCCGAGCUCGUAAUCCCCGGCCCCGCUGGCCCCGUCCCCGCCCCCGAAAUCCCCGGCCUAGUCAUUCCCGGACCCGCCGGCCCCGUGCCUGCCCCUGAAAUGCCCAUCGACGUCGACCCUGCCCUGAUCGACGAGUUCCAACCCAUCUCGAUCGGACCCGCUCUCAUCGACGGGUUCGUGCCCGCUGCCCCCGCCGCGCCCGCUGCCCCCCUCGUCCAGAUCAUCCUGAACAUCAAGUCCUCCGACGCUGGAUCCGUCGCCCCCGGAGUCAUCUCCACCCCUGAGAUCGUGCCUUCCCCCAUCAUGAUUGUGGAUGAAGCCGACAACACCGUCGAGGUUUCUCCCAUCGUCAUCGUCGACGAGGCUGAGGCUGCUCCCGUGGUCCCCGCGCCCAUCGUGCUGCCUACCCCCGUGCUGCCGACCCCCGUGAUCGUGCCCGAGCCCAUCGAGCUGCCCACCCCCGUUCUGCCCACCCCCGUGGAGCCCCAGCCCAUCGUGAUCGGCACCCCCAUCAUCCCCAGCCCAGUGGUUGUUCUCCCCGAGGAACUCACCGCUUAAAUCUUAUAAGUUGUAAAAGCCAUUGGGAAUAUGGACUUUCUACCGACAUCUUGAAACGCUACGUCCUAAAUUAUGCAAAAUAAAAAUUAUUGAGAUCUGUUCCCAUAA